UCACAUUCAGUGACAUCUUUGAAGCUGCAUAAUAAUUAAAUUUACAGGUCAUUGCUACUUGACUUUUUAUAAUUUAACGGAAUGAUAAUUUUACUUGUGAUAAUGCAAUACUGAAGUGUAUUGAUAAGAUUUAUUUUUUCUUUUUUUUAAGCAAAGAUAAUUGUGCAUUUUGAUGUGAAUGAUUUGUGAAGUUAAUAUGUCUGAAAAAGAUCAACAAAUUUUAAAACAAUUUUAUAAUUGUUGUAUUUUACGUGAUGGAAAAAUUUUAAACGAAGAUUUAUGGGUUCGUGAUGGAAAAAUUGUAAAUCCAGAGAAAAUUUUUUAUGAUGAAAAGAUAAAACCAAAUAUAAGAAUCAAUUGUAACGGAGCGUUAAUUUCUCCUGGAUACAUUGAUCUUCAGAUUAAUGGCGGAUUUGGCAUAGAUUUUACACAUAAUGUUAACAAUGUACAAGAAGGAAUUAAUAAAGUAGCCAAAAAACUAUUAGAAUUUGGUGUAACAUCAUUUUGUCCAACUUUGGUUACAUCACCUAGUGAAACUUAUCAUAAAAUAAUUCCAAAUAUUAAAAGAACCAAAGGUGGAAAACAUGGUGCAACUGUAUUAGGUAUUCAUUUAGAAGGACCAUUUAUUAGUCCAAGUAAAAAAGGAGCUCAUUUAGAGUGCCACAUAAAACAAUUUGAAAAAGGUUACAAGUCAUUAACUGAUAUGUAUGGAAGUUUAGAAAAUGUAAGUCUUAUUACAUUAGCACCUGAACUUCCCAAUACCCAGUCUGUGAUCAUAGAAUUAUGUAAAAGAAAUAUUAAAGUUUCUCUUGGACAUUCUGUAGCAAAUUUGAAAGAAGGAGAAGAGGCUGUAAAAAGUGGAGCAUCUUUUAUUACUCAUCUUUUUAAUGCAAUGUUACCAUUUCAUCAUAGAGAUCCAGGAUUAGUUGGUCUCUUAACAUCUGAUCAAAUCUUCCCUGGAAGAAUUAUCCAUUAUGGUAUAAUUGCAGAUGGUAUUCAUACCCAUCCAGCUGCAUUACGUAUAGCUCACAGAACUCAUCCUGAAGGAUUAGUACUAGUUACUGAUGCAUUGUCAGCAUUAGGAUUAGAAGAAGGAGUACAUCAAUUAGGACAACUUAAAAUCGAAAUACGCUCGGGACGUGCAUAUAUUGCUGGAACGGAUACAUUGUGUGGGAGUACAGCGGAAAUGACGAAAUGUGUUCGUCAUUUUAAAGAAGUAACAGGUUGUUCAAUAGUAGAAGCUUUAGAAGCAGCAACCCUUCAUCCGGCAAAAACUCUCGGUAUUGAAAGAACGAAAGGAACUUUGAACUAUGGAGCAGAUGCUGAUAUAGUAAUGUUAGAUAAUGAUUUAGAAUUAUUGUCAACAUGGAUAUCAGGAGAAUGUGUUUAUAAUAAACACAAAUGCUGCCGAUGAUAUAUAUUAUUUGAAUAAAUAUGAUUUAAAAUAUGAUUCCAUUAUCGAUUCGAAAUUGUUAAUAUUAUUCGAAAUGGUGGCGGAAUUGAUUUUAUAAAAUAAUUGUUUAUCUAGAAAAUUGUAUAAACAUUCAAUUUAUAACAUUUAUAUGUCUCAAAUAUCACAGUUUUCUUGCACAAUGGCUGUGAAUAUUGUUGUAAUUAUAUUUUGUUCAUUUAUGUAUUCAUAUUUAUGUAUUAUACAUAUAUUUUGUAUAAAAGUUUUUUAGAAAUGUAUAUUUUACUAUAUAAAAAAACCUAGAAAAUUAUGAAAAUUAAAUUUAAGUUUUAUUAUUGA